UCACAAAGCUUUUCCUAGAAUCCCGUCCUAAGGUUUCGUUCGAUGUUUGAGCUGGAGUUUCCCAUUUGACAGAAUUGCGUGCGAUAUCUUGAUAAGAUGGAGUCGUCGCCAACGCUAGAAGAGCAAUUGAUGGAAGCUGGAAACAAGCUUCUUAAGCCCCCUUCGUCGAUCGAGGAACUGCUCCCUUUACUGGAUGAAGCCGUCUCCUUCCUCAAGAAAGUGCAGCAAUCACCUGCUAAAUCUGUGCUUGCUUCACUCUCUCCAUUGAUCAAGGCGUUGGUUGAAGAUGCGCUCUUGAGAAACUCCAACCUUGAUGCGAAGGUUGCCCUCGCGUCUUGCUUAAGUGAGAUUACCAGAAUUACUGCACCAAGUGUCCCAUACGGCGAUGAAAAGAUGAGGUCUGUCUUUGAAUUAAUUGUCUCUUCUUUUGAGAAUUUACAUGAUGAGACUAGCAGAUCGUUUAAAAAUCGAGCCAUGAUUCUUAAGACUGUGUGCGAGGUCCCGUUAUGGGUUGUUAUGUUGGAUCUCAAGUGUGAUGAACUUAUCUCUAGGAUGUUUCAGUACUUCAUUAAGUCUGUUAGAGGACAUCAUCCAUACUACAUCUUUUCAUCCAUGGAAUCCAUCAUGACAGCUGUUCUCGAAGAAAGUGAUGAUGUUUCUGUAGUUCUGAUUACAAGCCUGUUAGCCAGUGUUAGGAAGGAGAAUGAGGAGAUAAAGGAAAUUGGUAAGAGGUUGGCAGGGUGUGCUUUAAGGAAUUGUGCUUUCAGGCUUAAGCCUUAUGUCACAUGUGCUAUAAAAUCUUUGAGCCUAUCACUGGAUGACUACAGUAGAUUUGUGACUUCUGUUCUGCAAGUGUCUCCUAUUUUUUUUGAGCAUAAUAGUGAUACAUCGAAUGGCCGUUUGUGUGCUGAGAGACAGUUUGCUAGUUCUAGUUUUGGAAAGAUGGUUCGGGCUCUCGGCAACAAAGCGCCUACAGUCUCUUCGGAUGUGUUGCGCCAGAGGAGUGAGGACGCCAACCAAGAGGAUCCUCCGGAUAAUAAUCCAGGUAGUCAAGUAAGUAAGAGAGAUGGACAUUGCUUGCUUGCUGAAUAUUCAACUGAAGAACAAAAAGCAAAGGAUGGAGGUAUUACUAAUUUUCCUACUGAUGACACACCAGUUGAGGCAGCCAAACAAUUUGAGGAAAAUGGAAGUGGUGGUCUGCUUUUUUUGCACAAAAAUCCAGAGAAUGAAGCUGUUACUGUUUCUCUGCCAGACCCUAGUCAUACUGUGCGUGAUAGCCUGGUUCAGAUGACUAUUCAGCCAAAGGAGGAUGAUAGCUUGGUUCAGAACAGAAAAGAGCCCUUGUCUGCUGCAAUUGCAUCUAAUAUGCCAUGUGAAGAGACAUAUGAUUUGAUAUCACGGGACCCUGGCACAAAUGUGCGGGCAGAUACUUUUCUUGAGGAAGAGUCUUGGUCCAUGAGGGAUGCAAAGGUGAAAGGCCUGAAGGAACAAGGUGAGAAGACUAAAGCUAAUGAGAGAAAUGGUGUUUCUUCAAGAAAAACAAGUGAUUCAGAAUCACUUCCACAGAACCCUAGAACAAGGGAGCAGAGAGAAUCUUCUAUUGAGGAAGAAGCGGGAUCCAUACGUGAUGCAGUGGUGGAAGGUCUGAAGCAGCAAGUCGGGAAGACUCAAAGUCAACAUGGAAGGGCUAGUACUGAGAUUGAUGGCUCACAGUCCUCUGCAAAAGAUGACAACAAUCGGCUCCUGUUUUCAGAAAUCCAUAGUAUGAAGUCUGCUGGAGAUGUUUGCAAUGAAGGAAACCAAAGUAAGAGCACGAAGACAAAGCAUACUUGAGGCAAGGAAAAAGUACCAGAGAAUCCGAUAAUAACAUUUUAUGAAAGCCUUGUUGGUUCCAAUGUCCAAGUUUAUAUGCCAGGGGAUGAUAUAUAUUACAAUGGUGUAAUAAUAUCUUUUGAUCGUGUCAAAAAGAAACACACAGUUUGGUACACUCACGGAGAACAAGUGUUGGAUCUUAAGGAGGAAGUAUGGAACAUUGUUAGGGAAAAUUUGACAGAAAGAAAGGCUUUGGACCAGC